AUGUAUUCUGAUGCCGCAACUAGUCAAAAGGGAUAUGUAAUUGGGAUAGUAUUAGUAGCUCAUGAAGAUGCUUAUUUUGCCAUUGUAGUGAAGUUUCAUUUCCCAGUGACAAACAAUGUGGAAGAAUAUGAAGCAUGCAUCGGAGGAAUGGAAGCUUUACUUAACCUGGGACUUAAAGAAGUAGAAAUUCAUAGGGACUCUACUUUAGUGAUUACACAAGCACAAGGGAAAAGGAGGACUAAGGAUGAGAAGCUAAAGCCGUAUCAGGAGUACUUGGAGGAGUUGGCAAAAUUCUUUGACAAAGUCACAUACACUUUCUUCCCAAGAGCCCAAAAUCAGUUUCCAGAUGCUCUGGCCACAUUAGCUUCCAUGAUAGAAUUUCCUAAAGGAGCGACAGUGAAACCAUUUGUGUUCGAACAGAGGGAUAGGCCCUCCUACUAUAGUAAUUUGGUCGUCACUGAUCUAGACGCAGGGGAAUUACCUAGGUACACCGACAUAUGGAAUUUCAUAGAGCGAAGGGAAUAG